CGGGGGCGGAGGGUGAGGGCUGGGCCUGGCGCUCCCCUGGGACCGCUGGCCUGACAACAAGGACAGGCCUGGGGGCCCCUGGAUGCCCCCUCCUCAGCCCUGGGGCUCCCUAGACUCUGGAGGGCCAGCUGGGGCCGCACCCCCUCCCCCGUGCGCAGGAACAGCAAUGUCUGUGCAGGUGGCAGCCCCCGGAAGUGUGGGGCUGGGCCCAGAGCGCCUGAGUCCUGAGGAGCUGGUGCGGCAGACACGACAAGUGGUGCAGGGGCUGGAGGCCCUACGUGCAGAGCACCAUGGCCUGGCUGGGCACCUGGCGGAGGCCCUGGCGGCACAGGGCCCAGUGACUGGCUUGGAACUAUUGGAAGAAAAGCAGCAGGUGGUGAGCCAUUCGCUGGAGGCCAUCGAACUAGGGCUAGGCGAGGCCCAGGUGCUGCUUUCCCUCUCGGCACAUGUGAGCGCACUGGAAGCCGAGAAGCAGCGGCUGAGGGCUCAGGCCCGGCGGCUGGCCCAGGAGAACGUGUGGCUGCGAGAGGAGCUGGAGGAGACACAGCGGCGCCUGCGGGCCAGUGAGGAGGCUGUGGCCCAGCUGGAGGAGGAGAAGAAGCACCUUGAGUUCCUCGGGCAGCUACGGCAGUAUGACACACCUGCUGAGAGCCAGCAGCCCGAGUCCCCACCUCGCCGAGACAGCUUGGCCUCCCUGUUCCCCAGUGAGGAGGAGGAGAGGAAAGGUCCUGAGAUGGCAGGGGCCGCAGCGGCUCAGCAGGGUGGCUACGAGAUCCCAGCCCGCCUUCGGACCCUACACAACCUUGUGAUCCAGUACGCGGGGCAGGGCCGCUAUGAGGUGGCCGUGCCGCUGUGUCGCCAGGCCUUAGAGGAUCUGGAGCGGAGCUCAGGCCACUGCCACCCUGAUGUGGCCACCAUGCUCAAUAUCCUGGCACUGGUGUACCGGGACCAGAACAAAUACAAAGAAGCCACAGACCUUCUCCACGAUGCCCUGCAGAUUCGGGAGCAGACAUUGGGCCCUGAGCAUCCUGCAGUGGCUGCCACCCUCAACAACCUGGCUGUUCUCUAUGGGAAGCGUGGGCGGUACCGUGAGGCAGAGCCCCUGUGCCAACGUGCCCUGGAGAUCCGUGAGAAGGUCCUGGGCGCCAAUCACCCAGACGUGGCCAAGCAGCUCAACAACCUGGCCCUGCUCUGCCAGAACCAGGGCAAGUUUGAGGAGGUGGAGCAGCACUAUGCCCGAGCCCUGAGCAUUUAUGAGGCCCUGGGCGGGCCCCAUGACCCAAACGUGGCCAAGACCAAGAACAACCUGGCCUCAGCCUACCUGAAACAGAACAAGUACCAGCAAGCAGAAGAACUAUACAAAGAAAUCCUCAGCAGGGAGGACCUGCCCGCCCCUCUCGGAGCCGCCACCACAGGCACGGCCGGUGACACAGCACGAAAGGUGAGGAUGCCGUAUGCGUCCGCCUCCAGGCUAGGAAUGGGGAGUGGCUGGGAUGGGGCUGACAGGUAUCCCCGGUGCCCUCCCCAGACCCUUCGUCGGAGCAGCUCGUUCUCCAAGUUACGUGAGUCCAUCCGGCGUGGAAGCGAGAAGCUGGUCUCCCGUCUCCGAGGCGAGGGGAUGGCGGGGGCAGCCGGGAUGAAGAGAGCUAUGUCACUCAACACGCUGAACGUGGAUGGUGCAAGGGCUACUGGGACCCAGGUGAGGGGGAAGCCGGGCACCUGGGUCAAGGAUAAAGUGGGGGGCCGUGCUGACAGGCCCAGAGGCGAGGGGAGGGUGGAGAGAGUCAGGCUGGCAUUGGGAGCCAAGGGCCGGUAGGCUGGAAUGGACCCGAGAACAGGAGAAUGCAUGGGUGAGGACAGAAGGAUGAACAACGCAGCCACUGGGAUGGACAAGCUGGCGGCCGUGCUGCUGGGGAUAACUCUAGUGGCAGCUGGAGCAGGCGUGUCCUGCCCCUCGCCCACCCUUCAGCCAUCCCUUGUGCCUGUCCCCAGUUCCCGAACCAGCACCUGAGUGAGGCUUCUCGGACCCUCAGCACCAGCACCCAGAACCUGGGCCCCCGCUAACGUCGACAGGACCACGAGGCUCAGCUUCUCAGGGAGAGUGGGAGAGGGGUGGGCAGACAGGGAUCCUCUCAUCCCCCUGCCUCUCGGGUGUACUGGGCUGCCCUCGCCUCCUGAGAUUAAAGACUAUAGAUUUGGCA